UGGUACUCCAAAGGUAGUUUCAUUUUCCGUUUUAAGAUCUACAUUGUAUAUGAGUAACAUAUAAAUCAUUUAUCUGAGCAUGCGUAGUUAUAACAUCGAUCAUGUGAGAUGGAGUUGCUAGCUUGAGUGUUUCCCGAUAUGCUUUUUGUUGUCGCCUUACAACGGUUUUAAAGACAAAAUGUCCGUUUUCGUCGGGGCUCUUUUAGAUGUCUCUGACUCUAUGAAAACUAGUAUUGGAGACGGUGUUGACGAAGAAGGCGGUACUUGGGUACAUUCCAUUUUCAGAGUGGUCGAUGAUUUAGUUCAAUAUGAUGUCUCGGAAUCCAAUAAAAUUUUUGUCGUCGGUGUUGGGGCAAAAUACUCCCCGAAUACAUUUGAUAUAAUAACCACAAUUACAAAGUCAUCAAAACCUGCCUCUGAUACAACAAUUGAUAGAAUUUUCCAGAUUCUUGAACAAAACGGUGCACACACGGUCAGACAAUGGGCAGAUAAAAAUACUGUGAUGUCUGUGGUAUUAGAAUUCAAGGCACAGAUAGUUUUAGAAAAGCUAUCAACAGACGAAAAAUUUUUACGAGAGUUUGUCAACGACUAUUUACCAGCAGCUUGCAGGAGUUGGGGUAGCAUUCCUGGUGCAUCCUUAGCACAGUCAAUGUUUGCAAGUGUUGUAACACCAUUUCGGAAAGCAUCAGAAGAAGAAAUUGUAGAAAUCAUGGAAAAAGCUGUACCGAAACAUACAAGCAAUCAAAAUAUUGCAAAGGUUCUCCUAACAAGUAUUACUGUCGAGGCAGUAAAGGAUGUGAAAGAAGUUUCAGAUGUUCUACAUGGACGAAUCAAUAGACGAGAUCUGACAAAGGCAAGAGUACGAGAAUUACUUCAACUUAUAGAACCAUUUAUAUAUGGAUUGACACCCUUGCAUUUUGCUCUUAAUGAAGCAGCACAACUUUUCAGUACAAUUAGACCAUCGUACUUAAAUCGUCAUAAGUUACUCUUUGUUCUCUCAGAUGGAGAACCUACAGAUGAAGGCAAAUCAGAAAUCCUAAAAUCAAGUUUUGAACGAGAGAGCGUCACGGUUGUUUGUUGCUUUAUUUCAAAGUCAUCUCACGUUAAACCCCGGAAGUUGCAUAGCGUUUCUGAACAUGAUUGGGAAGAUGGGGCAAAAUUUCUGUUCAACCUUAGCUCGUACAUUCCAACCUCAACAGUUACAAGAGCAAUAUUCAUCAAAAACGAUUGGCAGAUUGACAUAACUAACAAUGAAACAAGACUUUUUAUGCACGUGAACCACCCGGACAACUUAAAGGAUGUGUGCAAAUUAGCACGGAAUGCAGUUUGCAGUCAAGAUUCCUUAUCAGAGUUGCUUGUGUCUGUCUCACUUGACAUUUACAUUAACGACAAAAACCGUUCAGUAGAAGUGUAUGAUCAGGGAAAUGUAGGAACUUGCUAUGCUCAUGCUUCUGCUACUGUCCUACAUCUGGCAAUGCACCGGAUUCUUGGACGUAACCAUGGAUAUCCUACGUUUGAAGAUCUUCGAGACGAAAUGAUCCGUAGACACGGUAUACAUGGAGCAAACACUUUGCAAGUGCUUCGAGAAAUUUGUCCCAAGUAUCGAUUGCGUUGUCGGGAGGUUGACAUCAAUGGUGCAAUGCAAGCAAUUACAGAGAAACGCCCAGUCGUUGUUAAAUUCCGGCUAACGGAAAGGGAAUGGGUUACUUUUAAAGAAUAUUACCGAUUGACACCUUAUGGAAUUUUGACGGAGCGAGAUCUUAACAUCAAUAUAAAAAGAUCAUAUGACAAGAGAUUUGGGCAUGCAGUAGUUCUAACAAGUUUUAACAGUGAAUGUCUACAUCUUAUGAAUUCUUGGGGAGAAAGUUGGGCUGACAUCGGUUUCUUUAGAGUAAAGAAUGCAGACGUUCUCCAGAUGGAAUUCAUCGAUGUAUACUGGGAAGAAAGGGAUCUUUCCCAAAGCGAAAAGGACUAUUACAAACAAAAUGGAACUGAAGUGGCUGCUACUUUGAUGAGGUCAUUAAGAGCAUUGCAGAUGGCAACAUUUACUUGUCCAAGAUGUAAAAGGGAAUCAAAUGUUGACGACUUCUCCGGAACACUUACACGAGUCUGUUGUCCGCGGUGCGAGAAUGGAUUUUCUAGUAGUGAUGGUGACGGAAAUAUUUUGGCGCUGAACAUUUAUUUGACAUCAUUAAGCAAGUGAACUGUAAAUUGUAAAAACAAGACUAAAUUAUAAAAAAUGAAACCACUUUGUUAAAUAAAAUAAGCUGUUCAAUUGCAAGAAAAAUAGAAUAGCAUAUGACAUCAAAUAGGUAGGUGACAGAGAGAAAGAAGUUCUCUUCCUUUAUUAGACCUGGUGGAUGCUUAGCUAAACAUAGAAAAGCAUUUGUUUCAAAUUAACAUUCUUUCACUCUAAAAUGAAGCGUAUUAUUUUUUUAUUAUAAACCUUAUAUUUCCAGAUAGAAUGUAAAGUGCUUAAAAGUAGCAUGCCUCUUGAUUCAUAAAAAAUCCAGAAGAAAAAACAAUAUUUUAUAGACAUACGUAUAAGUUAUCUAUUCUUAUACAUAGAAGAAAUAAGUAAAAAAAUCUGAUUCAAGGGCAGAUUACUGGGAAGUGAAAACGGUGACCCCCAAAUUUGUUUUGCUUAAAAUGUUUUUGUUAUCAUAUUCUAGCAAAAUCCAAAGUUUAGAGAGAUUCUAUUGAACAGUUUCAAUUUUGCCAAUAUGUCUAUAUGAAAACCCCCAAAAGUGACUUCAAUGGACCAUUAAUAAAUGGCUAGUUUUACAAUUUAAUUACAACUCUUUUAUAUUACAAUUAUUGGUGUGUUUUUUUUUUUUUUGGCACUUUGACAUUGCAUUCAAAAUCAAAUACUCUUACCAUUUUGAAGGUACUGUUUAAUUAAACUUUGGCUAUGACUAAGAUAGAGAAAAAAGAGUCCUUUAUGACCCUAUCCUUUCUAAAUCUUACUUAGGGAACAACUCAGGCAAUGUUUAUUUACCAGGGUUAUCCAGUGCAAACAACUUCAAGUUUGCGUGUAAGCGUUUUUUUUUUUGUUUUUUUUUACUUUUCUACAAUAUAUAACAUAAAAGCUUUUUUGUAGAUAUCUUUGUUCAUAUUGACUGAUAUCAAAAACAUAAAAUAUUCAACUAUAUUAAAACAUAAAUUGUAAUAUAAGUUCAAUACUUCUUAUCUUUUAAAAAUUUUAUUUUUAUAGUGUUUAUUUGUGAUGAUAUGUUAUUAUGUUAUCCUUUAAAAAUUGUUUAUUUUUUUAUCUAAAUUAUAAACUUCAUUGAUAUUAUCGAUUUUAUCAUUCAUAACUAUAUUUUGAACCAUAUCAAGAAUACAUUCAUUGUGUAUUAAUCUAAUAGAUGUAUUUGUUUAAACACAGUACUUAAGAGUAGGUAAGGACCAUAACAUAAUUAUGUUACACUUGAAUUUACUAUUUAUUACAGGUUAAGGACUUUGUGGCUUAGAGUUGCCUUUAAGUGUUGAGGCAUCAGAAUUGCAGUCACUGUCUACCCUAAGAGGCGACAAAAUGACUUCAAAUUACUGGAGUUCAUGCAUCUCUUAGCUCUAGCAGUUGAGGUGAUUUUGAUUUUGGUGUUGCUUUAAGUUUGUAACACUCGGGGUUAGCCAAAAACAUAUUUCCUGUUUCGGCGCCAUAUGACUUAAAUUGUGUUGGUGCACCGUAAAAAAAUAAAAGCAACAAAAACAGGUUAAACGCAUUCUACGGGUUUGGACAACAUCAAAUUUUCUAUGUCUGAAUGUAUUUUAUUAUGCUUUAUGUAUUUAUUCCAAGGGCAUAUGUAUGAAGUUUUAAAAGAUUUAAACUUUUUAUCACAUAAACCGCGACAAAUGAGUGUAAUAAAGCCACAAUAAAAGAUGUUAUACAAGUAUAAUAACAGUUUUACGUGACAUAAUUUGCGUAAUAUACAGACAUAAACUUAAGCGUUACACUUCUAGCGCGUCAAUGAACUCUUUUGUACAGGAAACAGUUCUUAUUUUAGGUAUGUGAUAAAUAGAAUGUUAUAUUCGUGUAGCUAGUUAACCAAAUUCAUUUAACUCGUUGAGAAAAUAUUAUGCUCGCCUAGGGCUCGCAUAUGAUUUUAAGAGGGAUGUUUCACUUUAAGUUUUCACUUUUGGAGAGUCAUAAGUCAAAGAAAUGAGCAUGUUAGAUUUGAAUUUGAUCAUGGUUCAAUAAUUUUUGGGAGAGUUAUGCCCCUUUCCUUUUUCAGUUUCCGUUCAUUAUCUCCCCAAAGGUAUUGCAAAUUCAACUCAAAUUUGACACAUGGACACGUCAAAGAAAUGCGCAGGUCAAGUUCAAAUUUGGUCAUGGUUAAUGAUUUUGCCAGAGUAAUGUCCCUUUCACUUUAAAAAUAAUAUGAAAUUUUCAGUUACCGUUCAUUAUCUCCCCAACGGUAAUACGCAAAUGACUCAAAUUUGACUCACAUAUAGAUACGUCAAAGGAAUGCGCAGGUCAACUUUGAAUUUGGUUAUGGUUCAAUGAUUUCUUUGGAGAGUCAUGGCCCUUUUACUUAAAACAUAAUAUUAAAUUUUCCGUUUCCGUUCAUUAUUUUCCAAACGGUUUUACACAUUCAACUUAAAUUUGACAUAUGAAUAAGUCAAAGAAAUGCGCGUCAUUGUUAAUGAUUUUGGCAGAGAAAUGUCCCUUUCACUUUGAAAAAAAUAUAAAAUUUUCAGUUUCCGUUCAUUAUCUUCCAAACGGUAUUACACUUUCAACACAAAUUUGACAUAUGGAAACGUCAAAGGAAUGCGCAGGUUAAGUUUGAAUUUGGUCUCAAAUUUGACAUAUUGAUACGUCAAAGGAAUGUGAAGACCAAGUUUUAAUUUGUUUAUGGUUCGAUGAAUUUUGGCAGAGUUAUGCCCCUUUUACUUGAACUUUGAAAAAAAAAUCAGAAAUUUUAAGUUGCCGUUCAUUAUCUCCCCCCCCCCCCUCCUAAGUGGUUGUACACAUUCAACUCAAAUUUGACAUAUAGAUUCAUCUCAGGUAUAAGCAGUUCAAGUUUGAAUUCGGUCUUGGUUCAAUAAUUUUGGACAAAGUUAUCUCUCUUGAAUGUUGGGAAAAAGUCAGUUUCAGCACUCGUAUUUUUGUGGAAUUGUAUGUAUUCAUUAUUAUGGCUACAAAUAUGCAAUAUGCAAUUUACAAAAGGUUAACACUGAAUAGUUUCAGUGCCUUGAUCUUUGUAUAGAAAUGGUUUGUGAUAACAUUGAAAAAUUUUAAGGGCUUUGAACUUAAAAUAAAAAAUAGUUUGUGCAAACAAAUUUUGAACUAAAUAUUAAAACGUCUGAAAGUUUGGCUGCAUGCGGGGGCAUCCGUGACGUGACGACACAUUUCUAGUUUACAUUACCAUUCUAUCUAUUCAUAAUGACAUUAUAUAUUAUAAGGUCCCAGAAUAUCCAGAAGAUAUGACAUUUUUUUGUUGAUAACGUACAGCGUCAAUAAAAACGCAGCGUUUAUAAUGCAAAUGUAAAGAGUAAAUAAAAUUAAAAAAUUGCGUGAAACUUUUUAGCCUGAUUAUUUCUAUAAAAGUUCAAUAAAUUAACAUUAUAUAUUCAAAUGGACUUGCUUAAUACCAAAACAUCAUGUAUGUUGUAGGUGAAGCUUAUUUUAAAGAGAAUAAAGUUGUGUUUUGUUGUGAAUCAUAUCAAAUGUAUGUAAACAAUACAUAAUCGCAUAUCAUACAAAGUUACGCAAGGGCAUGCAAUUUUUCACAAUCAAUUAAAAAAAUCAUGAAAAAUUAAUGUAUUAUCUAAACUGAAUUUCGCACUUAAAACCGGAAAAAUGAUUUUAAAUUUUAUUAUGCCACUAAUAUAAUUUUCCCGUUUCAUUUCGCUACUUCAAUUUCAAAAUUUAACGAUCAUAACAUAAUCAUAAUUAUACUUUUCUACAUAUAAUCUAUCUUUGAAUUAGUAAGAUAUAAUGCUAUUUUGACAGUUUAAGAUUUCCAUUGAAGUCUACAAGAAAUAACACGAUCUUUUCAAAACGUUUCAUCCGUCAUUAAUACAUUAAUGCAGAUAUGUUUUAUCUUUUUUAAAUACCAUUUAUUAAUUGAAAUAUACUAUUCAAUAUAACUAUAAAAAACAUCAAAAUUUCAUAUAUAAAAAAAUAUAUAAGGUAAAUUCAUUGGUAACAUUAGUAGCAUAACAGUUUUUCGAAAACUUGGGUACCGUAUUUUUAAGGUACUUACUGACUGGGUCACGUGAAUCAGGGGGCGGAGCGAUCCCUUCUCUGGCGUAAAGUCAAUUGUCAUGUAAUUUUGCUGAUGUAAAUGCUCCCAAACGAUCCCUUUUAACCAGAUAUCGGUUCACCACAACAACAAGUGUCAAGUGUCGUGUGGCAGCCGUAAAAAAAGUUGUCCCGUUCUUCAUUUCCGUGUUGUUAUAAUUUUUUUUGUUCUUCGGUAUCAUUGAUUCCAGCAAUUUAGUGUUAAAAAUCGAAUUCCACUUUUGUGUACCGCUCAAGCCGGUGCUAGGGGAGGCUUAAAGAAUGUUGCUCUUUUACAGUACCCCUAAUGUACAGACUCAUUCAAACCGAUUUUACCAUUUUCACGUAAUUUUGCUUAUUUGAUGCUUCUGAGGGUUCAAUUCUUCUAGAAAUGUAUUCAACACUCAUUCAAUAAUUUCUAUGUGCAUAGCAAAGGUGAUACGUUAUAACAUUUUGUUGCUGAUUAUAUUUAAGAUCUGCUUGCUAAAUAUUUCAUCUUCUGUCCCAAGUGAUAAUAUGUUCUAGGCGACUGUGUUGGGACAUACAGUAUAAUUCGAUGGGUCCAAAGUUAACUUCUCACAAUGUUUGACAUUGUUAUUUACAAGGUCACCCCUAAGCUUCUGACAAAGUAAAGAGCUAUCGUUCUUAAGACAUCUAACUAUGGCUACAACGGCCUCGUUUACAAAUAAGAUUUUAAAAUGUUGUUUAUCAAGUUUUUUAUGAUAUUGGUAAUGUGACACAUGUAGGUUUAAAGUAACAAUUAAUAAAUUGCGACAUAUUGUGUUUCAAAAUAAACAUUAAUUUAAAUAUGUUCUAAUGAUCCGUGUUAAGGAUUCAUUUUAUAUUGAUGAAUUUUACAUUCAUGUAGAAAAUGAGGGAGUGAGAGAUUUUGUGCAAUAUGUUCUAUAUGAUGUGAGGAUUUUAUCAAAAUGUACGAGUAUUAGUUUUUUAUGCUUUUAUAAUUGAAUGUUGAUCAAUAAACUAUAUCCGCCAUCUAAACUGUAUUAAGAAAAAUUGAAAUGUCAUAAUAAUUUGUGAUGAUGUAAAAAAUUUACUAAAGCUAUAACUGCCAGGAAAAAGCAUCUGAGAGUAGUUAUUAAUUUUGACUCCACCCAUUAUUUUUCAUAUAUGCUUUUAACAACCAUGAAGUAUAUUUGAGUGAUCAUCAUAUUUCAUUGAUAAAAUUAAAUAAAUGUACAGAUCAAAAUUAUGAAGGUCUUGUUAAGAUAUUACGUGGUACAUUCUCUUAAGCAACAGUUAAUUAUUGACCACUGACAACCAUUUAUUAAACUGAUUCUUGCUUUUAUUGUAUGGCUCUUGAAUAAAUGAUUUUAACAUAA